GUGAUUCUGACCUGACAUGGCAUCCCUGCCGGGUGUGUGAGACAUACGAAGUGUGUAUCUGUAAAUCUAAUUUAGUUGUAAACAAUGUGUUUUAUAAAUUAUUCAAACGAAAACUGCUGAAAUAUUAGUAAUCUAUCAGCCCAAUGUUUUAAAACAGAGCUUUAUACGUAAUAUACAUUAAUGUGAAGUUCUCGUGCUUUGUCUCCGUGUGUGACAAUAUACUCAAAAUGGCGCAUCAACUAGCACCGUCUGUAAAUUGUUCAUUAGACGACAUUGACCUCAGCGCUUUAAAGGACCCCGCUGGAAUAUUCGAACUAAUAGAAGUUGUCGGAAAUGGUACUUACGGCCAAGUUUACAAGGGCCGACACACAAAGACAGGUCAGCUUGCUGCUAUCAAGGUUAUGGAUGUCACACAAGAUGAAGAAGAAGAAAUAAAACUUGAGAUCAAUGUAUUAAAAAAGUACUCAAAUCACCGUAACAUUGCUACAUAUUAUGGAGCAUUUAUAAAAAAAAGUCCUCCUGGCAAGGAUGAUCAAUUGUGGUUAGUUAUGGAGUACUGUGGUGCUGGAUCAGUAACAGAUUUGGUUAAAUCUACCAAAGGACAAUCACUAAAAGAAGAAUGGAUUUCAUAUAUAUGUAGAGAAAUCCUGAGAGGUUUAAGCUAUUUACACUCCAACAAAGUCAUCCACAGGGAUAUUAAAGGGCAAAAUGUCCUGUUAACUGAUAAUGCAGAAGUUAAACUGGUGGAUUUUGGAGUGUCAGCACAGCUUGAUAGAACGAUUGGACGAAGGAACACAUUUAUCGGUACCCCUUAUUGGAUGGCUCCAGAAGUCAUCGCUUGUGAUGAAAAUCCUGAUGCCACAUAUGACAAUCGAUCAGAUUUAUGGUCACUGGGUAUUACAGCUUUAGAAAUGGCUGAGAGUCAACCUCCUUUAUGUGAUCUUCAUCCUAUGAGAGCUUUGUUUCUUAUUCCAAGGAAUCCGCCUCCUCGUCUGAAGUCGAAGAAAUGGGCUAAAAAGUUUCACAGUUUCAUUGAAACUGUACUUGUUAAAGAUUAUCAUCAAAGGCCUUACACUGAGCAACUAUUGAAACACCCUUUCAUAAGAGAUCAACCUACAGAGAGACAAGUGCGAAUACAACUGAAAGAUCACAUAGACAGAUGUAAAAAGAGAAAGCAGGAUAAUUCAGUCCGUGAAGACUACAAAUACUCUGGUUCAGAAGGUGAGGAGGAAGAGAGUGCCGUUGCUGGCGAACCAUCGUCAAUAGUUCAUAACGCUCCCCACCAGGGUGGUGAUACUCUUCGUCGCAAUUUUCAGCAGAUUCAGGAGGGCCGAGCUCCCGCGGAGCCUCCGCAACCGCAGCCGCCGCCUAAACGCAACAGUAAACGAGAGGAACGAGAAGAGAUUCCAGAGCCUGGCCCUCCGGCGAGGCCCUCCAUUCCACAAAGACUGAUUGUAGUGCCAGACCCGCAGACACAGCAACCUAAUAGAUAUAGGCCUCUGCCCCCCACACCGAAGUCUUCAGGCUCGUCAAAUAGUUCUGGCUCCAAUAAUGGUACACCACCGGCCAGCGGUCCACAACCUCCACAACGGGGCUCCCACCAUUUGUUCAAGCCAAUGCUUCCUCCGCGAAGACCAGAGGACUUGGACAAACUGGCCGCACAACUCAACGAGCUGGGCGUAGUUUCCGGCAACGAACCACCCAACCGACCUCCACGAGCCCCUGCCAACGGGCAAGGACCUCCCGUCGAGCGGAACCCACCGGAACCUACAUUCGACGAGUCUGACAGUGACUCGGACUUGGAAGAGAGUGGCGGUCGCGUACGCAACGACGGCACUCUCCUUGCCAGCGACCCACCGAAACCUCUGCCGGGUCUGAGCGCGGUGGCGGAGGACGGCGCGGGGGGUGGCGGGGGCAGCGCGGGGAGAGGUGCAGGGGGAGGCGCCCCCACUCGCCCUCUGCCGCCCACGCCAGACGACGACGACGCGCAUCCGGACCGCACGCUCGUCAUGAAGCGGAAGGAAAAUAUGGAAAACGACAAAAGGCAGUCGGACGUUGACGAAGCAGUACUAUUAAAAGAUUGGGAUUUUGCUCGAUUUUUCCCAUCACGAAAUUCGGAGGUGAAGGAAGCAAAAAAGGAACCAAAGAAAGAAAGCGAGCAAAAGCGCGCGCAAAUUCAAAGUCAAUCGCGUAUCGAGCUAGAAGAUGCAUGGGCCAACUACAAAGCCAUCGCUACUCCGCCUUCCCGCCACAAACAACUGUUCCAGAAACCAAGUGAAAAAUCGACGCAAGACAAACUGUCUGAUAUACUGAAAUACAAAAAGGAACAAGGCUCGGAGCUGAAUUCUCCAAACAGAUUUUUUAGAGGGUUUCGAAGAGAAAACUCCGACUUUUUCCCUCUACCAAGUACGCGGCACUCCGCUAUAUACUUUCCGAAGCAUGAAAGUCAAGCAGGAGCCAAUAAACAAUUAAGGUCAAGUGGCAUUUUCAAUAAUUCUAGAAAACAAAUUAUUAAAUCCCCCGCGGCGGGUGAGCCCAUAUUGACUGAUUUUAUAAAAAUGAAUGACAGCUUAAAGAUGUCUGCACAAGGAGAGGUGAAAAAAAAUGUUGACAAGAAAAGUGCUAAUAACCCAAUAGACGCGUUGAAGAAUGUUGCCGCACUGAUAAGGCAAGACAGUGAAAGCAAUGGUCCGAGUCGGCAAAGUAGCGUGAAUAGUGACUCCCCGGCGACGAGCAUUUGUUUCUCCAGCGGUGCGUCCUUUGAAAAAGCUGGCACGCCCGAUCUUACUGCUAACACAAUAGAAAAUUUAGAAAAUGCAAAUCCAACCGACUCCACUAAUAUAGUAAGGCCUCGCAGAGAAAAGACUGAAUCUGAUAUAGUAUUCCGAAGAAAUUCCCAUUACAAUCGGCACUCUGAGCUUAUGUCGAGUGGGCAGGAAGCGGUACUCGCACAGGAUCAGGGUCGAUCAAGCGCGAACGAUGGCAGUGGGGCCAGAACGAGUUCCGUGCUACCAGACCUACUUAGCCAGGCCGGCCAACCUACGACGCCGCCAAGGCACGACAAGUCCACAAGUGAGGAGUACAGGCAAGCGAUUGCCGGUGGCAUGCCCCUGGCCCCCCAUCAUCAUCACCACCUGCCCUCCCCGUCCCCGUCCUCAGUCCAGUCCACUCCGUCCAAGUCGUUCGUUACGAGCGCCGCUUCGCCGCACGCGCUCCAACAGUCCCCCUCCAACUCUUCGGUGGGGUCCCAACAGUUCCUCCCCUUGCAACAGAAGCAGCGCUCGUUCCUGACGUUCGGCUUCGGGGCGGGCUCGACGGGCAGCGGCACGGGCGGCUCGGGCGGCAAUGCGUCGCGCCGCGAGAGCCACGUCAAUGUCAACGUCACGCCCACCGGACACGACCUCAGCUCCGACACGCCCGAGAUACGGAAGUACAAGAAGAGAUUCAACUCGGAGAUCCUGUGCGCCGCUCUCUGGGGAGUUAAUCUAUUGAUAGGCACAGAAAAUGGUUUGAUGUUACUUGACCGUUCAGGACAAGGAAAAGUUUACCAAUUGAUCUCACGACGCCGCUUCCAGCAAAUGGAAGUGUUAGAAGGACAAAAUAUUCUCGUAACAGUCUCCGGGAAGAAGAAUCGCGUACGAGUUUAUUAUUUAAGCUGGCUAAAAUCGAAAAUUUUACGCACUGACGGCCUGAGUGAUCAAGCAGAAAGAAGGAAUGGUUGGAUUAAUGUCGGCGAAUUACAAGGUGCAGUUCACUUCCGUAUUGUGAAAUACGAACGAAUAAAGUUCCUGGUGAUUGCCUUGAAAGAUUCUAUUGAAAUAUACGCGUGGGCGCCUAAACCAUAUCAUAAGUUCAUGGCCUUUAAAAACUUUGGAGAUUUACAACAUAGGCCUCUAUUAGUAGACCUUACCAUAGAAGAAGGAACAAGACUGAAAGUUAUUUAUGGUUCAGCAGAUGGUUUCCACGCUGUUGACUUAGACACUGCCACUGUAUAUGAUAUUUAUAUUCCAAAGCAUACACAGGGAGCAAUUAUUCCACAUUGCAUUGUACCUCUUCCAAAUUCAAAUGGUGUACAAUUAUUAUUAUGCUAUGAUAAUGAAGGUGUAUACGUAAAUACUAAUGGACGCGUCAGUAAAAAUAUUGUGCUACAGUGGGGUGAAAUGCCUACAUCCGUGGCUUACAUUGGUACCGGACAAAUUAUGGGCUGGGGCAAUAAAGCCAUUGAAAUCCGCUCAGUCGAGAGUGGACACCUUGAUGGAGUUUUUAUGCACAAGAAAGCUCAACGACUCAAGUUUUUAUGUGAGCGCAAUGACAAGGUAUUUUUCUCGUCCGCAAAAGGGGGCUCUUCCUGUCAGAUAUAUUUCAUGACGCUCAACAAACCGGGAAUGGCCAAUUGGUAGUGAUGGAGUGCGGCGAGACGAGCGCGCCAGCGAUCUGUGAUGGCACUAAGGGCCCCGACACUCGCACAUGUCCGAAUGUACAAGACAUGCCGGUAUUAUAGUCAAUGUUACGAAAAUAAAGUAUGUGCUUUGAUCAUUUGGAAUUCAAAGACUUGUGAUAGUGACAGAUGAUAAUUUAUGCUCAAAAGACAAUCCAUGUAAUUACAAUCGAGUAUUUGAGAACCCUUUUAUUACACAUGUCAUUUUGUACUGAGAAUUGAUACAACCACUAAGAAAUAUUAUUAUUAUAUUAAGCAAUAACCUGUAGAAUAAAUGUUUUGAUAUUGACAAUUAUUCAUAAGUAAGUUAAAAUUGCUUAAGUUUUAUUAUUAUGUUGCAAUUGUUUAUUUUUUCAAAGAAGAUGUAAUGUAAAAUUUACCUAUCAACUUAGAUAAAAAAAAAAAGGGUAGAUACGGUACGCUCAUACUUGCAUCAAACAAAAACUGAUCCCACGGUAGCGCGAACGGGACGGCGAGAUCCGUGUCACUGCAUUACCGGCCCGAGCGAAACAGCACGUUAAGUUUCAACGGCAGCGCGAACGAGACGACGAGAUCCGCGUCACUGCACUAAACGACCAAUCACGCGACCAGUACUCGACGUUACUACCGAAUAAGAUUCAAAACAAACAGCAAUUUUUAUGAAAAAAUAUAUUUUAUAGUACUUACGAAUGAAAAGUGAUGCCGUGGGUAUUAUUUUUAGUUCUUGAACAAUUUGAGCACUUUUUAAAAACAUAUUUAAGCAUUGUUUUAUUAUAUAAACACAAAAUAUUAUCAAUAUUUCUUUUUGACGUUCACAUGUACGUCGUUUGCAUGUCAAGUUGUGACUAAAGCAAUUAGGGUUGUGGACCACAAUUUGUGCGGAUCACUUUUGUGAGGCUAGUGCCGUAUCUACUUUUUGUUUUAAUCUAAGCCUAUCAAUCAUAUUAUGGCCAUAUUAUAUUGUUUAUAAAGUUAAGCUAGUUGAUGCUGAUGAAGUGAUUGGUUACAAUUUAUUAUGUUUUGAACAAAGAAGAAUGCCAUUUUAACUCGUAUAAAUAAAUAAUUUUAUUAUUGACUAUAAAAACAACAAUUUCGAUAAUGUAAAUUUAUUAUUCAAUCUCCACAAUUUUAACCCACAUACAAAUUGGCAUUUAGUCAAGUCACUUUGUAUUAAAUAACACACCAAACAACAAUUUCAUUAAUGGAUAAAUCCUAAAAUUUGGUACUAUUUAUUAUUUAUUUGUUAUUAUGUACUAUAUUAUUUACAUGUAUAAAGAUGUAAUUGUGCAUAUUGAAAAUUAUAUAUUUGAUGAUUUUUUUAUUUGAGACUACCUUAGCGUAAUAAAAUAUAAAAGUAUAUUUUGUAAUUUUAUUGCUUAUUUCUGAAUGUCCCUUGAUUGUUGAUUCACUAAAUAAAAAUUAUGAGGAGGAACAAAAGUCAUAUACAAGUAGCUAAAUAUUCCUGUUUUAUUAUGAUUACAAAAUGCAACCCUUGUCACAAAAAUAAAUAAUUCUUAAAUCAAGUUAGUUCAGUCUUUAGCUUUGUCUUCUAGAUAUUGUUUUGAUCAGUAUUUUGGCUUGUACUUCAGGGGGUCAAUCGCUUAACAGGAUUGCUAUGGCUUUCCCAAUCGCUUAUGAUUUCAUUUGGAUAAUUCUGUCUGCCGAAGGUUUUCAAAUGCCUCACGCUCAUCUUAAUAUAUAUAAAUCUCGUGUCACAAUGUUUGUCCUCAAUGGACUCCUAAACCACUGAACCGAUUAUAAUAAAAUUCGCACACCAUGUGCAGUUCGAUCCAACUUGAGAGAUAGGAUAGUUUAAAUCUCAAAUUAUAGUCGCAAUUUUAAUUUAUUGCAAAUUAUUACUUUUGGGCGGUACGAAGUUCGCCGAGUCAGCUAGUUUUCUAUAAUAUUAUUAUUACCAAUGCAAAAGAAAAAGACCGUGAUGCAUUUAAAAACCUUCGGCGGCCAGAAAUAACAAAAUGAAAUCGUAAGCGAUAGCCAUAGCGAUCCCGUUAGGCGAUUGGCCCCAAAAUACCAUGAAUUUAUCAAUAACUGAAAAUAAUGAAGCAUUAGGUAUAUUUUUAAACUAAGUUUGAGUAUAACCAUAUAAUUUUUACAUUUUGUUUAUCUUAUGCUAAUAAGUCCUGCUGUUGAUAAUCCUUCCGUUUCUCUUGGUGUCAUAGGAACAAGCAUUAAUCCCGGUACAGGUGGUUGCAUUUCUAAAUCUCUCAAAUUAUUAACUUUAACUUUGAGGUUUGAUCGCAGGUUAUUAAUAUCUACAUGUAACUGUUUCUGAUCAGCUUCUAACAUUGAUUUUGUUGUUUCUAGAUUAUUUUUGAUAAGUACAGAUCCUACUGUAACCCAACACUUUCCCUGCUGUGACUUUGUAAGCUCUCUCAGUGCUUCCCUGUUCUGAUUUCUUCGUUUGUCUAACAUGAUAAUUUCAUGCCUGUCUGAUAAAAUUUCUUCGGCGAGUUUUUCAACUGAUACUAAAUACGCCAAAAGUCUUUGCUGUUCUUUCAUUUUGAUGUAUACUUCCCUGAGAAACUUCCUUUGAAACAGCAAAGCGAAAGUAAACUAAAUGAAUGAAAAAGCAAAUACUAAUCAACAAAAACUAGUAAGUGGUAUCGAUUCUGUCA